AUGAACAUUGACGAUACAUUCCCUGUAUCCGAAAAAGUUAAAUUUCGUUUAUUAAUUAUUAUCUUAUUAUGGUUUUUAUGUUUCGUCAGAAAUGUAAACCAAAAGCACCUCUACCGAUGUCGAACAAUCAAAACCAACAAAACGACACCUCGAUCGUUGAAAACCAAAAACUGUCGACACAGAUCGGAGGAACGUCAAUACUGUUGGAACUGCAAUAGUCGAAUAAGCCCUCGAUGCGGCCGACGGCUGAGCAGGCACUUGGCCCGCUCUGUUUCUGUGCCUCCAACGAGGAACAUCCAUAAAUCAGUGCCAUGUAUUAUUAGAUCUAAGUCAAUGCCAUAUCGUGAAAAGGACACCGGAAAAAUGCCAACGAACUUCGAAAACUCUUCGAUCAAGACCUGUUUCUCGUUAUCGUCGCUGCACCCCUCUACGGUCAAUGUAGAGGAUGGACAGCAAGCGGCGCAGAGACCGUACAACAGCCUAACCAAAAAAAUCAAGAAAAAUGAGACCACGAAUCAGGAUUGUUGGAGAGGUGAUAGUAGUUACGAGUUCUUGUCCAGUCUUAGGACAAGUUAUCAGUAUCUGAUGGACAACAACUUGAUCGAAAGCUGCAGAGAAGUUGGAUGUGACCUUAACAAUGCUUCACCGAUUCAAGAUUGGAAUGUUGAACGAUUAAAUAUCUACAUUAAAGAGUUAGAAAAAAGUUUUUGUUCAGGCUCUGCAUCAAAAUCCAAUAAUUGCAAUUUGACAGAAAAUGUAUUAUCACCUAAAAGACUGAGUAUGAGUGAGGAAGUUCGUAGACUGAAUAUAUUGCGCCAUAUAGCGCAACUAUCCAAAAGACUGCCACACUGUCGAGAACCGUCAUUGAACCAAAGCUGCUCGUCCAUAUAUAAUGCACAUUACUUAGAAGUAAAAUCAAAUUUGAGAUCCUUGGAUCAAUGGAUGGCCCAAAUGGAAGUGAAAUUAAAACCUAAUUAUUUUCGCGUCAAUUGGAAUCGCCGUGAAAUCAGGCAAAAGGCAGAAGAGCACAAGUCUAUCCACAGUGACAUUGAAUCAAAAGGCAAGUGCAUCCGGUUGGUGCUUAAAUACUGCAAGUUGCUAGCUGACGAACAUCAUCAACCUACGACUCCUCUAGAGUUGGUGCAAACCGUGCCGCUACUCACCAAAAAAGCAAAGAAUUUCGAACACCGCUGGCAGCUAUUGUAUAUAAGAUCGUUAGAGUGGAUCUGCUUCAUUGAAAGUCUGACCGUGAAAAAAUGUCGAAAGGACAGCAAUAGUUCUUCGGAUUGCGAYGAAGAACCGGUUCAUAAAUGUCCACGGUUAGUCGAUCAUAACUUGUCAAAUUCUUCAGACGGUGAACAAGUUAACACUGAAAUGGAAACRAAGACUUCACCAUCACCAGUGCUCCAAUCUGAACGAAUGUCAUUCGACGAUACGGCUAAUUUUCACAGGUCGGAUAGAAAGGGCCCAAACUUGGCAACUUUUUACUACAGACAUUUAGAUACGGAUUCGGAACAAGAGUCCCAAAUGAAGUCUAUUGUGGAAGCUGAAGUAAAAACGUCGGAAUCAUCGGAAGAAGAAGAAUGGACAUACAGUGCUAACACGAAGAAAGAAGUUGAGAAACCAGAAAUGCCCGUGUCUUUGGCAGAACGAGCCAACAUAGAAGAAAUUAAAGCUCUGGUUGAAAACGUCAAUUGGUCAGUUUCCAAGAAUAAACAUUAUGAAAAACUUUGGAUGUCUGGCUGUGGUGUGAAAAGAAGAAUUUUCCGACAUGAAACGGCUAAUCCAGAAAACGAAGAUUUCAUCGGCGAUAGUUGUGAUGCUAGUGGUGAAUACACUACAGAAGACGACGAUCAGCAUUUAAACUCAGAUAAUUAUUCACAUUCUUCGCGGUCGUGUGAUAUAACCGUAGUUCAAACUCAGGAAUUGGAUUUUUCUUCAAGCCCAGGAAAUAUAAACGAUUGCAGUUCUCCAAAGGUUGAAUUGAGAUCGAAAACAAAUACUGGAAAUACAUUGAGACCGGUCAGCAUGUCUGGUCUUCCCCAAAGCAGUCCUAAGGCUAGACUUCUGACCGAGUCUUGUCAGUUGUCCGUUUCUGAAUCGGCCCUCAAUCAUAUUUCUCAUGAACAAGUGUGUGUAAACGGUAGAGACUCAUCCACCAUCGAGGAAUCCACUGCAACUCAAACGCAAGACUGUUGUGGAUCUUAUAACACCAAUUCACUGAGGCGACGUAAACUUAAACACAGAAGAAAGAGCACUGUGGAUAGAAAAAGUAAAAGUGGGUCAGCUGAUAGCCUGUCAUCUAUUGUUAAUUCUGUUACCUACAACGAAAUGAUCACUUCUGGAUCGUUUUCCGGCUCUUUGUGUGGCAUUACUCAUAAUGAGUCUCAACGAGUGGAUUCGGAAACUGAAGAAGAAGUUACAAAAGAUUCAAAACGACCGGCAGUACGUAAGCGUCCGAUGAAAAUGCCGGUGUUCCGUUUAGGUGAAUUCGGUGCCGUCACUCCAAGAGAAAAACGUUUUCCAUUGACCGCUCAAUUGCCGUCUGGUACAACCACAGACUUUAGUUCGUUUUCUGAACAGGCUUGGGAYAGCUAUCAGGAAAAAUACUUAAGCGAGCCUUACAGCGAGGACCCACCGGAYCCGGAAUCGGUCAGACGACUAUUGGACUUUGGUGACGAUUACAGAAAAUGCUUUGAUAGUCAGUCUGACUGCGCUUCAAGUAUCGGUAGACCAAGUUUACUUGACGAUGAAGCUUUUGAACAUGAUUCGUCAGAUUCCGUUCGUAAACUUAUCCUUAGGAGUCGAUUACAAUUGAAUCAGCUUUCUAUGCUUGUGACUUCUCCGAAUUCAAACCUUACAGUUACAGAAAUUGGUCAGUUAAAACAACGGUGCAGAGAAAAUGAAUAUUGUCUCCGUUUAUGUUUAGAAGGAAUCAAAGAUAGUCAAACGUUUGUUUCARGCAAUGACAUAGCAGAAAUUGAAAGUAUGGUCAAAAAGUGUGAACGUUUGGAACUGGAUAUCUCAAAACAAGAGAAAAUCCAAUUGCUAAAGACCGACAUAGCCGCAAUCAAAAGUCGUUUGAUGUCGUUUUUGCGUAUCGAUCGACUGGACAGCAAUGUACAAAACAAAAACGAACUUCAAGCCUUAAUCCACACUGCUAAGACUGAAUUAUCAAGUUUGGAUACAUUAGAAAGCGAGAUAUUAAGAUAUCAGAAUGCGUUAAUCACAUGGGCUGAGUGUGACAAACAGCUAAUGGAACUUGAGUUGAAAUUUAAAGGUUUUGGUGACAAUGGUAUGGUUGGUAGAAACCAAAAGUCUGGAUGUUUUGGUUCAGCUUCUGACAGUGGCAUGUCAGAUUCAGGUUCAGAACAUGAACUUAAUGAACAUGAAAAACGAUUGGUUAACCUAAAACAACUAGCUAACAAUUUGAUGACUAUUAUGACUCCUAGCAGUGAAGCAAUAUCAUCAAUACUAGCUAGAAUAGAGAAUAACGAAAAACAGUUGAAAGAACUUCAACAGACCUGCAAAGACCUCAUAGGAAGAUCAGAGCAUUGUAUUGAUGAUGAUGACAAAUUGGAUUGCUGUGAAAGCCUUGUUAACACUGAUAUUGUCUAUGCGGAUGCAGCGACGGCGGAGGAAACUAUCGAGGAAACGCGUCACAACAACAACAACAACUCGCGUUUCAGGCGUAUGAGUUGGAUCGCCGGCACGUUCUACUUGAUUGUCAUGAUCCUAUGGUCCGUCGACUGGCUGGAACCGCAGUGCUGUGACCUGCAGAACAACUACAAGUGGUCGUUCGCGCUCGGUCUCCGGUACAUAAACGGACCACCGCCGACGUGAUUCUCGCGUCACCGGAAUUUGACGUCGCUCUUCUUCCGAAUUGU